AUGAACCAACCAGAUCAUCUCAUUCGGCAUACAAAUGUGCAGGGAUCUGGCGAUCGCGGCGUCAAUAUCGAGUUCCAUAUCGGUGCCGAGAAGAGAAGCUACCCCAAAAAGGUUUUUUGCAUGUGCAAGCGGCAGACUCUCGCCUUCAACAACACGAUUCUGGGACGGAUCUCCGUGGCUGCCAUCUGCAAGUUGUUGCGCUAUGUACUUAAGGCCCAAGUCCAAGCCCUUGGGCCUAGAGAUUGCUUAUUCCAGGACAGUGGCAACGGGCCGUUGGAAAUCGACAGAUCCCCUGAGAGAGGGUGCCUUUUCUACAUCCGGAUAACUGAGCAACUAUUCAUCAAGAUAGAGAUAUUAGGAUUUGAAACCCGGCGGGGUUCAGUCAAACACACCACGCGAUCUGUUAAACAAGUGUCAAAAUUACUAGUUCAUAUCGAGAUUGGUCGGGCUUGGGUGGACCUGAGCCGUCGCUGAGACCGGGUUGAUGGCCAAAAGGGCUUUGAUUAUCAUUGACCCACAUUCUCUAGUUAAUGCGGAAGUGGCCUUUGCAUGCUUAAUCCGGUAUAUGUCUGGGUGUAGAAGCUCAGUGUUCUGUUGCACUUGUAGGAGCACCAAACCCUUGUGAGGCGGCCCAUCAACCUGGAGUAACCAUGGUUCAAUGCCACAGACCUUAGUUUUCCGGCCAGGAACAGCAGAGUGAGGUCUGGUACAGGACCAUGGAACAAUAACAUAUAUAUGUCACUCAGCCAUAGAAGAAAAUAUAAUAAUCUCCAUCACCAUGCUC